UUGUUAAUCUUUGCUCAAUUAUACAUUAGUUUAUAGUCAUAACGUAAUUAAAUGAAGAGAAAAGGAUAGUUAGACUAACCCGUAUAUUUUUCUACGUAUUCAUCGUGGCCGCAUCACUUCCAGCAGCUUCUAGUCCGUCAUGACCGCCUACAAACCUCUGGACUCGCAUGUGUUGGUGGACGGUCUACUGCUAGAGGUGAUAGACUGUGACUGGGCUAAGGACGUGUUGCCCUUUGAAGACAUACUAGUCCCUCUACAGGAGCUCCCCGACCCUGAACCUGACAGUGCCACAGCCAACCUAACCCUGCGGCAGCUGGAGAGCCGCUGGAGCGACCUAUUGCUGGGGGAACUACAAAAAACUCCGCCCUCUGUACCUUCCAACGAACCCAUCAGUAAUCCUGACUACAGGGGGUUGUCGGCUUCUGCACGAUCUCGUCUCAAUGUGCGCUAGCUGUACAAACGUGUAUAGCUCCUAUAUUACUGCUAUUUCUACACUAUUGUAGAUAUACCCACACUAUUAUAGUUAUUGUAGAUAUAGCCUCCCUAUUAUAGCUAUUUUUACGCUGCUAUAGCUAUUGUUACGCUAUUUUACACCUCAACUCAAUACUGUUACCAGUUUUCGUUUGCCAACCUUCCUUUACAAUAAGUUUCCGAUAACUUAUCACCUCCAACAUUUAUUUUCAGCUCCAGACAAAUAUACGCCCACACUCUCCUAUAAUUUAUCAGUAAACGGCCCAAAGUUAAAAUACCAUAUCCAAUAUUUGCUCCGAUUUUUUAGAAAAUUGUACAAAACCCUUGCAUCAUCACUAAUUUGCAGUAGCUACUGAGACUUCACACUUUUUUGCCUUGCUCACUUAUGAUUCAGACGUCGAAUAAAAGCUCUAGAAGGAUCGUUGAGAAAUAAUUUUCGGCUUCAAAGGAAGACAAUUUCUGCCAUGGAAUUACCGUCGCUUGGUGAGCACUGCAGCUUUGCCAGCUGCAAGCAACUUGACUUCCUGCCCUUCAACUGCCAGCAUUGCUGCCUCAUUUACUGCCAGCAUCAUUACCAGCCUCACCAGCACGACUGUCAGCAUCUGCCUCAAGCCUCUCA